CACAGGACAACGUGCGACGACGGACCGACGGACCGCGUGCGCGUGCCGCCCGCGGUCGGAGGCCGGUCGAAAAAUUUCAACAAACGGCAACAGCGCCCGCAAGCAGCGCCAUCUGGGAGCCGCGCUGGGAACUAGUGAUAAGCUGAGCUGUCUGCUUGUUUUUCCCUCGGCAUGUGUUUGAAUCGGCUGGGCAAGUUUUAACUGAUUGUAACCGGGCAAGAGCGACUCAGGUGUUUGUUCACAAUCUGCCAUAUCAAACAAGAGUCGGCAACAGCAAGCCAUAUCAUGAUUUCGUUUAUCUACCGAUGCAUUCGGCCGAAAUGCCACCAAAACGUACAACAAUAUCGCUGUAUCGGAACAAAACAUAGAGCCAUUGAUAAAGUUCUUAUUGCCAAUCGAGGCGAAAUAGCAUGCAGAAUAAUGCGCUCAGCUAAACGUAUGGGAAUGCGUACUGUUGCUGUAUAUAGUGAUGCAGAUGUAAAGUCUAUGCAUGUAGCAAUGGCAGAUGAAGCUUUCAACAUUGGCCCUGCAGCAUCACAAGAAAGUUACUUAAGAGCAGACAAAAUUUUGAAAUUAGCUGCAGAAUCAGGCUGCCAAGCCAUUCACCCAGGAUAUGGAUUCCUUUCUGAAAAUGCAGAAUUUGCUGAGCUUUGUGAAAAGACUAAUGUCACAUUCAUUGGACCACCAGCCAGUGCUAUUCGAGAUAUGGGAAUCAAAAGCACUUCUAAAGCUAUAAUGGAUGCUGCUGGAGUUCCUGUGAUUCAAGGAUACCACGGAGAAGACCAGUCCAUUGAAAGACUGAUGUCUGAGGCCCAGAAAAUUGGUUAUCCAUUGAUGAUAAAGGCAGUUCGAGGGGGUGGAGGGAAGGGUAUGAGGAUAGCCCUAUCAGAAUCAGAAUUCAAAUCUCAGCUGGACUCAGCUAAGAGGGAAUCUAUGAAGGCCUUUGGUGAUGAUGCAGUUCUUUUGGAGCGCUAUGUUCAAAAACCUAGGCAUGUUGAAGUACAGGUAUUUGGAGACAAACACGGUAAUUAUGUAUAUUUGGCUGAGAGGGACUGCAGUGUCCAGCGUCGGCAUCAGAAAGUCAUUGAAGAGGCACCAGCUCCAGGCGUGUCGGCUGAACUUCGAGCCAAGCUGGGGGCUGCUGCUGUAGCUGCAGCCAGAGCAGUCAAUUAUGUUGGUGCCGGCACUGUGGAGUUCAUAAUGGAUUACGUUUCCCUCGACUUCCACUUCAUGGAGAUGAACACCAGACUGCAGGUGGAGCAUCCAAUCACUGAAAUGAUCACUGGCACUGACCUUGUGGAAUGGCAGCUCAAGGUUGCUGCUGGAGAGAAACUGCCUCUGACUCAAGAGCAAAUCCCUGUUAAUGGGCAUGCAUUUGAAGCUCGUAUUUAUGCUGAAGAUCCUCAAAAUAAUUUUAUGCCUGGAGCUGGACCGCUUCUUCAUCUUCUGACUCCCACUCCUGGUUCAGAUGUUCGAGUUGAAACAGGAGUCCGACAAGGUGAUGAGGUGUCAGUUCAUUAUGACCCUAUGAUAGCCAAAUUGGUUGUAUGGGGAAACAAUCGAGAUGAAGCUCUGAGGAAGCUUCACACCAACUUGUGUGAUUAUAAUAUUGUUGGUCUGGAAACAAAUGUCAAUUUUCUUAUGAAUCUAUGCCAACAUAAGGAGUUCCAGAAAGGGAAUGUCCACACCGGAUUUAUUCCUGAAUAUCAUGAGAAUCUAUUUCCAAAACAAAAUGUUUCUGACAAUCUUUUAGUCCAGGCUGCAUUUGCAUCUGUUCUCUGUGAACUAAAUGAUGCUAUUGUCGGUACUGUCCAAAACAAUGAUUUUUCUGACAGUCUUUCUGGAUUUCGUCUCAAUCACAAAUUGAGCAGAAAAAUAAAGCUGUUGGCUGGUGGACAAGAAUAUGCAACUGAAGUAAAAUACAAUUCACCUCAGGACUACAAAAUAAGUGUAAAUGGUGGAGAUGAUUAUAUUGUUUCUGGGUGUCUCAUAAAAAAUAAUGGUAAACUUAGUCUAACUUCUUCAGUAAAUGGGCACAUGAGCAAAUCAAUUGUUGUUAUCGCUGAGAGGGACAUAUAUUUGUUCACAGAAAAUGGAAAAUUUCAAUUCACUAUCCCAAUCCCGAAGUUUGUGAAUGAGCUAUCAAAGGAAAGUGGAGUGAAGGAAGGUGCUGCUAUUUCUCCUAUGCCCGGUGUAGUGGACAAAGUAUUUGUCAAAAUUGGUGACAAGGUUGCAGUAGGGGAUCCUUUGCUGGUCAUUAUUGCUAUGAAAAUGGAAUAUGUCAUCAAGGCUCCAAAGGAUGGAGAGAUCGAGAAGAUACUAUAUAACCCUGGGCAAAAUGUUCGUAAAAAUGCAUCACUUGUCCAAUUUGUUGGAGAUGAAUGAUUUUUCCAUUUUUUAGAACUAUGCAUUUUAAUCAUGGUUGAGUGUCUUAAUGGAUCUGAUUCAUGCUGAUCAUGGCUUUUUUAUCACCUAAGGUACAAAUUGAUUUGUUUUAUUACUGUAUUACUUUCUUGAGUUUGUUGACUGUCAUUUCCUUCAGCUAUUUUGCCAUUUUUCAAUGGAAAGUGUGUAUCUGUUGUUAUUUUUUAAUUUAGACUUUGUCAAUUAAAUAAAAAUUGUUUUUUUAUAUUGUUGAAAA